CCGGAAGUGGGCACCAGCCCUCGCGUCCCUCGGCCGCUCCGGCCAGCAUGGCGGAUCUCCACCGCCAGCUGCAGGAGUACCUGGCGCAGGGUAAAGCUGGCGGGCUGACGGCCGCCGAGCCGCUGCUCGCUGCGGAAAAGACUGAGGAGCCCGCGGCGGGGGGCGGGCCGGCGGGGGCGUGGCUGGGCCGCGCGGGCCUGCGCUGGACGUGGGCGCGGGGCCCCGCGGAGCCAACGGUGGCUACAGGCUUGCCGAGUGUGACGCGCACACAGCGGCUGGCGGCCAGCGGCGUUUGCCUGCUGCUGGCCGCGCUCUGCUUCGGCCUGGCCGCGCUGUACGCGCCCGUGCUGCUGCUGCGCGCCCGCAAGUUCGCGCUGCUCUGGUCUCUGGGCUCGGCGCUGGCGCUAGCGGGCGGCAUGCUGCUGCGGGGCGGCGCGGCUUGCGGGCGCCUGCUGCGCGGCGAGGAGACGCCGUCGCGGCCUGCGCUGCUCUACGUGGCCUCGCUGGGCGCCACGCUGUACGCGGCGCUCGGGCUGCGCAGCACGUUGCUCACGGCGCUGGGCGCCUUCGUGCAGGUGGGCGCGCUGCUGACCGUGUUGUUCGGACUCCUGCCUUGGGGCGCAGGCACCGCGCUGCGAGUAGCGCUCGGACGCCUGACUCCCGGCGCCGGCCUUGCCAAGGCACUGCCGGUGUGAGAACCCCAGGGCUCGCGCCGCCGGAGAUGGCGCGGAGCCCUGCCCCGGGACCUGCCGUCGGGGGAGAGCGCGAAGCCUGCCCCGGGAUGCGCCGUAGGGAGACCACCGGGAGCCCGCCCGGGGUUCAGCGCGGACCGAGCGGAGCACUGCACCCGCCAGUUUCCCGAUCGCGCUGGGUAAAGGCUGCUCCGUUAUUGUGCCAGCGAACCUGUCAGCGUCUUGGAGCGGCCGUCCUAAAACGGAGACUCGAGCCGGUUCGGAAGCUCUUCGGUUUCAGCGUUUUCCCGUCUUACUCGGUAGCAUGUGCUAUAAAACGAGAUGUUGUCGUUGACUUGGGGAUAUGCUGUGAAAAACUUAUGGUAAAUUGCUUUUGCGUUAACCGUAGUUUCAGAUUGAGCGCAGUAAAAAAAGAAUGGCUCCUCAGUUUUAAUUAGCUGCUCUUGUGACUUUCCUCAGACUUCUUUUACCUUUUGUCGAUUAAAAAAAUCCAGUGGUAGAUUGUAGUAGGUUAGCUACAAUACGCUUCUGUUUUCUUUGGCUUAGAAAUUUUUUCCUCAUUCAUUGAGUGGAUUCUUAAGCGUAUCAAAUUAAACACUAAAUUUAUCCACCGGCUUUUAUUUAAGUACUUUAGUUAAGACGGUUUACCUCGGUUUUUUUUUUUUUUUUUUUUUUUUUUUUAGUGAAAUUGUAAAUAUGGUGCCUUACAAAAUUAAAGAUUGGCUCUGUAUUAGACCAUGAAAGCAAUGGACCAAAAAGGGAAAUGUCUUCCCCAAGAAGCAGGACAUUUCAGUGCUAUGAGAGGUCCCUGGGCAGAACUUGUGCUGGGGACUCCUGCUGGACGAGAGAAUUCUACAUCCAAAGUUGUAUAUUUGACGGAAAUCAUGGAUUUCUACAAAACCUAAUUAUCAUUCCUAGUUUUAUUACCUGCUUUUUAAGGUAUAAUUUACAUUUUGUAGGCUAAUUCCAGUGCACCGUAAGAAGCUUUUCCUUUUAGGUUCCUUUUAAAUUCAGCAUUGACUCUUGUCUCUGACUUUAUUGUAUAUGCUAAUGUAUUGCCAGAAAGUUCGGACUGGAUAUUCUGAUGAGUCCAAAAAACUACAUGUUUUGUUAGUAGCUAUAUAUUAACUAGAGAGUGGAGUAUUUAGAAUUUUUAAAUUCUGUGUCAGUGGUUCUCAGUUCACAUCAGAAUUACUUGAAGAGCAAAACCUCAGAUCAGCUCAAUCAGAAUCUUUGGGGUGGGUGGUAGGGUGGGGGGCAGACCCAGGCAUCAGUAUUUUUUUAGAGCUCUCCGGAUGAUUCCAUGUUCAGCUAAAGUUGAGAACCACUUUUCUGUGCACUGGAUUGCACAAUUUGAAAAUAAUUAUUUUCUGGGGCUGGAGUUCACUGUUGCCUAAACAGGUGUGUCAGGCAGCAAUGGAGCAUUGCCUCUUUGUUCCAAAACAGUUGUUUAUAUUCCUGGAUCCUGAUCAGUGUCCUAAGCCCUGCCCCAACUUCAUGAGGCCCCCAAUCCAGUAUUCUCUAAUUACUGCCCUAUUCUGUUAUCAGUAAACAGGGUUACUUACCUACCUCAAGAGGAAAACCAAGAGGGUGUUUGUAGUAAAAGCAAAUGUACUGUUUUCAGGGAGUGACUGACUUUUGUAACUGGAAGAACUUGGGCCAUUGACUGCUCCUUCUGUCCCUCAGUUAAAUAUCUGAUCUAGUUCUCCAUUUCUCUAGAAUUUGCACAAUGGAAGAUUUUACAGUAUUCAGUACAUUUUUAUGUUGAUGCUCUUACAUUUUUUAAAUUGUUUUCCAAACAUUGUCUCAAGAAUUCAAACACUGAAAAUCUAGCAUUUGUAAAAUUCAAAGCACAAUACCUUGUAUGUAUUUUGGUAAUGAUGUUUUAAAAUAUUCUAAAUAUUUAAUAAAUUACAGUGUAGAGAUUUCA